AUGCCAUCACUUACAGUAUUUGUGGUUACUGGCGCAAACAAAGGGAUUGGUUAUGGGAUCGUAAAAGGUCUUGCUGAGAAGUUGCAUGAUGCAGUCAUUUAUCUUACAGCGAGGAAUGAAAAAUUGGGUAUGGAAUCACUGAGCAAAUUAAUUAAAGAAUUGGGUGAUAGGCGCCAUUCGGACAUUCGUUUUCAUCAGCUUGACAUCACUGAUCGUAAUAGCUGCGAAAAUUUUGCUUCCUAUUUGAAAAAAGAACACAAUGGAUUCGAUGUAUUGAUUAACAACGCAGGAUUUGCUUUCAAGAACGCUGCAACAGAAUCACCAGAAGAACAAGCUCGUGUGACAAUUGCUAUCAAUUACGACGGUACGAAGCAAGUUUCUAAUAUAUUGUUUCCUCUCAUUCAAGAUGGUGGAAGGGUUGUUAAUGUAAGCAGCUCAGAAGGUGUAAUUGCUGGACGCUAUAGUGAUGAGAUUAUUGCUAAACUUACGAGUCCUUCGUUAACAGUUGAUGAUAUCGACAACUUCACUCGUGACUACAUUAAGGCUUGUGUUGGAGAUAAGCGAGAAGAAAAUGGCUUUCCUAAAUCAGCAUACAAAGUAUCAAAAGCUGCCGAGAUAGCACUCACAUUUAUUCAGGCGAGGGAACUGAAACCUCGAAAUAUUUUGUGUCAUCCCGGAUAUGUUGAUACUGACAUGACAAGUCAUCGUGGUCCCCUGACAAUUGAAGAGGGUGCUGACACGCCUAUUUAUUUAGCAACAUUGGAAGGCAAUGGACCAACUGGAAAAUUUUUUUAUAAGAGAAAAGAGAUCGAUUGGAAUCUUCCAUUUGUCAGCAGUUGA